CACCCUUUCGGACUACUUCGGCCAGACUACUCCGCAUCCACGUCCAGGGUGCUUGAAGACUGCUGUAGUCUUUUGAUAUCGCAUAAAAUAUGUCAGGCCGGGUCCCGUCCAUUGCUUGCAUUGGCGUUGUCGGCAAGCACAACAACCCACUGCACAUCUCACUCUUUCCAGCAGAAGAACGUGCACCGCUAGAGUUCCAGUUUCUCCUUUCUUCAUGUUUAGACAUCUUUGAGGCUCGUCUGCCACACAAGACAGCAGACCAGGAUUUUGGCCUUCUACAAGCUGUCGAUGAGAGAUUAGCUAUGUAUGGCUGGCUCACCAACACUGGCAUCAAAUUCAUCAUUGUCGUGGAUAUGGAGGGAAAACCAGCCAAUCCUCUCGAUAACAGGUCUGCGGCUGCUGUUGGGCUGCGAGAUGCGGACAUGAAACCUGCAUUUAGAGCAUUACAGACGGCGUACAUAAAGCUGCUCAGGAAUCCGUUCUACGACCCUGAUGAACAUUCUCCAAUCACUGCCAAUUCUGAGCAAAGGAUUGGCUCAACUCAGAUCACAAGCCGCAAGUUUAUUCAAGAAGUCAAACGGAUUGCUGAUGCAUGGUCUCCCGGUGUUACGAGUAUUUAAGCAAUUUCUACUUGGGGUUACUAUGAUACCACAUUCCAUUUACAGGCGUUUAGAAUCAACCCACUUUGAUCCUAUUCCUUUGUUUGUGGAUUGAUCUUUUCCAUGUCCCUUGUCCAACGUUGCGACCAGUCCAUGUAUCGGUACUUCCCAAAAGCGCUAGCGCCGAUUGCAGUCUAGUCCAAUGUGAGAGCGGAUCACCUCGGCCA